AUGACCAACCAGAGCAUUGUUACUGAGUUCUUACUCCUUGGGUUCUUUGAUACUUGGGAGCUGCAGAUGUUGCACUUUGUGGUGUUUCUAGUGAUCUGUCUGGCAGCCCUGUUAGGGAAUCUCCUCAUUAUAAUGGUGGUAGCCCUUGACCAGCAUCUUCAUACUCCCAUGUACUUCUUCCUACUCAACUUGUCCUUCCUGGACCUCUGCUACAUCUCCACCAUGGUCCCCAAGUCCCUGUCUAACUCUCUCACAAAUACCAGACUGAUCUUUUUCUCAGGUUGUGUUGCCCAAGUCUUUCUUGUUGUCACCUUGGCAGAUGCAGAGCUGGCUUUUCUAACGGUGAUGGCAUAUGACCGCUAUGUUGCAGUCUGCCUUCCUUUACAUUACAGGAUAAUCAUGAACAGAGAUGCCUGUGCCCAGAUGGCUGGUUGCUGUUGGUUCAUCAGUUUGUUGUACUCUGUGCUGCACACUGGGAACACUUUCACGCUGCAUUUCUGUCAAUCCAAUAUUAUUGGCCAGUUCUUCUGUGAUAUCUCACAAUUGCUGAAGAUCUCCUGCUCCAAUACACAGCCUAAUGAUAUUUUGAUUAUUGUCCUAACUGCUGUCUUAGGAGGAACCUGCUUUGCUUUAAUAGUGGUGUCCUACAGCCACAUUUUCUUGACUGUCUUGCAUAUACCCUCCACCCAGGGGAAGCGUAAAGCUUUCUCCACAUGCGUUCCACACCUCACUGUGUUCUGUUUAUUCCUCGGCACUGCUACAUUUACAUACACACAGCCAAGGUCAGCUUCCUCCUUGACUAAGGACCUCCUGGCUGCAGUUCUCUAUUCUGUAAUCCCCCCAGUCCUGAAUCCCAUCAUUUACAGCCUGAGAAACAAGGAGAUAAAAGAGGCUUUGAGCAAAUUACUUGGCAGGACCAUUUCUUUUACCAAAGAAAUGAAUUCUUGUCUUUGA